UAUCGGUCUCUAACAAAUCACCCUAACCCUAGCGCAAAUUUUUAUAUUUCUUGAUUCCCAUUUUUUCUUCUCUCAAUCUUCUCUGUGAUUAGCUUUUAUCGGUUAUUGCAAGAACAAUGGCCGGUAAAGGUGAAGGUCCGGCUAUUGGGAUCGAUCUCGGGACGACAUACUCCUGUGUUGGAGUGUGGCAACACGAUCGCGUUGAGAUUAUAGCCAACGACCAAGGAAAUAGAACUACGCCCUCGUAUGUUGGCUUUACUGAUACAGAGCGUUUGAUCGGAGAUGCAGCCAAGAACCAGGUCGCCAUGAACCCCGUGAACACCGUUUUCGAUGCAAAGCGUUUGAUCGGUAGGAGGUUUAGCGAUGCUUCUGUUCAGAGCGAUAUUAAAUUGUGGCCCUUUAAGGUGAUUGCCGGCCCUGGUGACAAGCCCAUGAUCGUUGUCACCUACAAGGGUGAGGAUAAACAGUUUGCCGCUGAGGAGAUUUCAUCCAUGGUCCUAAUGAAGAUGCGCGAGAUUGCCGAGGCCUACCUUGGUUCAACUGUGAAGAACGCUGUUGUCACAGUUCCUGCCUACUUUAACGACUCUCAGCGUCAGGCCACAAAGGAUGCCGGCGUUAUCGCUGGUCUCAAUGUCAUGCGUAUCAUCAAUGAGCCUACGGCUGCAGCCAUUGCUUACGGUCUUGACAAGAAAGCUGGCAGUGUUGGCGAGAAGAACGUCCUCAUUUUUGACCUUGGUGGUGGAACCUUCGAUGUCUCCCUUCUUACCAUUGAAGAGGGUAUCUUUGAGGUGAAAGCCACUGCAGGAGAUACUCACCUCGGAGGCGAGGACUUUGACAACCGAAUGGUGAACCACUUCGUUCAGGAGUUCAAGAGGAAGCACAAGAAGGAUAUCAGUGGAAACCCUAGAGCUCUGAGGAGACUCAGGACAUCAUGUGAGAGGGCAAAGAGGACUCUCUCGUCCACUGCCCAGACCACCAUUGAAAUUGAUUCUUUGUAUGAGGGUAUCGACUUCUACUCCACCAUCACCCGUGCCAGAUUUGAGGAGCUCAACAUGGAUCUCUUCAGAAAGUGUAUGGAGCCCGUUGAGAAGUGUUUGAGGGAUGCUAAAAUGGACAAGAGCACUGUUCACGAUGCUGUUCUUGUUGGUGGGUCUACUAGGAUCCCCAAGGUCCAGCAGUUGUUGCAGGACUUUUUUAACGGGAAGGAGCUAUGUAAGAGCAUCAACCCGGAUGAAGCCGUUGCUUACGGUGCUGCUGUCCAGGCUGCUAUCCUGAGUGGCGAGGGCAACGAGAAGGUCCAGGAUCUUUUGCUUCUGGAUGUUACUCCUCUCUCCUCUGGUCUGGAGACAGCUGGAGGUGUUAUGACUGUGUUGAUUCCUAGGAACACCACCAUUCCUACAAAGAAGGAACAGGUGUUCUCUACCUACUCCGAUAACCAGCCAGGUGUGCUGAUCCAAGUAUACGAGGGAGAGAGAACGAGAACAAGGGACAACAAUUUGUUGGGUAAAUUUGAGCUCUCCGGCAUCCCACCUGCUCCCAGGGGUGUUCCUCAAAUCACAGUGUGUUUUGAUAUUGAUGCAAACGGUAUCUUGAACGUCUCCGCCGAGGACAAGACCACUGGGCAGAAGAACAAAAUUACAAUCACCAAUGACAAGGGUAGGUUGUCCAAGGAAGAGAUUGAGAAGAUGGUCCAGGAGGCAGAGAAGUACAAGUCUGAGGAUGAGGAGCACAAGAAGAAGGUGGAGUCCAAGAAUGCAUUGGAGAAUUAUGCUUACAACAUGAGGAACACAGUGAAGGAUGAGAAGAUUGGUGCCAAGCUUGCCCCAGCUGACAAAAAGAAGAUAGAGGAUGCAAUUGAGCAGGCCAUACAGUGGUUGGACAGCAACCAGCUAGCCGAGGCAGAUGAAUUCGAAGACAAGAUGAAGGAGUUGGAAAGCAUUUGCAACCCCAUCAUCGCAAAGAUGUACCAGGGAGCGGGACCUGAUGCAGGUGCAGGGAUGGAUGAAGAUGGUCCUUCUGUCGGCGGAACUGGUGCUGGCCCCAAGAUUGAGGAGGUUGAUUAAGCGGGUGUGGUUUGGGCGGUAUAUUGCAUACUGCGGAAUUUAUGGAAGUCUCUUUCUUGGUCAUUCGUUUUGUUGUGUUAGGAUUUUGGACUUUUGUUCUUUGCCCGUAUAUAAUUGGGCACUACUUUUUUUGUUGGUUCAUCGUCUAUUAUAUUUACUGGUGUUAUGAGGUAAUUGGUUCCAAAUUUCCUCCC